UUGUGCGUCGCAUAUGGAAGUAUGGGUGUCACCAGGCUGCGGCGCAUACGCGGAACGCACUUCGCCGUCGUGCCACACAGGUCACCGGGAAUAAACAGUCAAUAAAAUAUGUGAGAAUCCCAGGAACAGAUCUCGGCGGUCCCCCGCUCCUCGCUCACCCUCCAUAUUCGGUGAUACAUCAUCCUAGCCGUCCAUCUUGGAUGCCUUUCCAACUCAUUUGACUCGAUGUUCAAGACCCGUGAUCCCCGCAGAAGACGUUGCGCUUGUGUGGUGUUAAAACUGUUCCGGCGGACUUUCUUACCGCCCUCUUCUUCUCCUCGACUUCUCCUCUUCCAGUCCAUAAAUACUAACCCUAAUCCGUCGCAUCCUUUCUUUACUAGACGCCAUUUCGACGAGAGAGGUAACGAGCAAUGGAUCUCUCGACGGCGAUGUGGACGGCGGUGGUAGUCGGAGCUGCCGCCGUUUACUGGUUCGUGUGGAUGAUGGGCGCUGCGGAAGUGAAGGGCAAGCGGGCGGUGAACCUCAAGAUGGGAUCGAUCGCAAAGGACAAAGUUCAGGACAAGUACAAGCAGUACUGGUCCUUCUUCCUCCGCACCAAGGAGGACAUUGUCGCCGCCUCCGACGACGACAAGGUGCCGGCCUUCGUCGACACCUUCUAUAACCUCGUCACCGACAUCUACGAGUGGGGAUGGGGCCAGUCCUUCCACUUUUCCCCUUCCCUCCCGGGCCUAUCCCACCGGGAAGCCACCCGCAAGCACGAGGAGCGCGCAGCUGACCUCAUCGCAGCUCGACCCGGCCAACGGAUCGUCGAUGUGGGAUGCGGCGUCGGCGGCCCGAUGCGCGCCAUUGCCUCCCACUCCGGCGCCCACGUCGUCGGCAUCACGAUCAACGAGUACCAGGUCGGCCGCGCCAGUGCGCACAACCGCAAGGCUGGCCUCGAUGGGCUCUGCGAGGUCGUCUGCGGCAACUUCCUCGAGAUGCCCUUCCCCGACGCAUCCUUCGAUGGCGCCUACUCCAUCGAGGCCACCUGCCACGCCCCCUGCCUGGAGGACGUUUACCGCGAGAUCUUCCGCGUGCUCAAACCAGGCGCCCUGUACGUGUCCUACGAAUGGGUCACCACCGGGCUGUACCGGCCGGACGAUCCGCGCCACGUCGAGACCAUCCGCGGGAUCGAGCGCGGCGACGCCCUCCCAGGACUCCGCGCUCAGAACGAGGUGGCGGCGAUCGCGCGCCAGGCAGGCUUCGAGGUGGUGGAGGAGCGCGACCUGGCGCUGCCCCCGGCGGAGCCAUGGUGGACGCGUCUCCAGAUGGGUCGCUUCGCCUACUGGCGCAACCACCUGCUGGUCUCCGUCCUCGCCGCCUUGCGCAUCGCCCCGAAAGGCGUCGUCGACGUCCACGAAAUGCUUUACGAGACGGCGCGCCAUCUUAGCGAUGGCGGCGAAACCGGCAUCUUCACUCCGAUGCACAUGAUCCUCUGCAGGAAACCCCUCCUAAUCAAUCAGUAAUCCCUCCAUCGAACAAGCUCACUACCCAGAUUCCAGAAGCAAGAAACAAAGGAUAGCGAUCAUUGCUUUGGCUUAUUAAUUUCAAGUGUGUGUGUUUUUAUCUUCAAAUUCAGGUCUUCGGUCAUUUUCCUACCUAUCUAUCUAUCUUCAUUAUUUAGAUGA